AUGACCGACUACCAUUAUGAUCCUCUUCCUGACGAUGGUUGCAUAAGAACUGUUGCCAUUCACCCUGGAGAAUCUCAUGAGGACGUUUUGGUCAGCCUGACAUGCGCUCGCUUCGACCCCGAUCGUCCGCCUCUUUAUGAGGCAUUGUCAUACGUCUGGGGCUCGAACGAGAACCCCCAGCACAUUCAGGUGGCCGACAAGUUGUCGGACGCUUCACCUGAAAGUUGUCCUGGCAGUAACUACCACGGCACAGCGAGGCUCCCAGUCACGCAGAACCUAGCGGUCGCUCUGCGCCACCUGCGCCUUCUCGAUAGGCCGCGCGUGAUGUGGAUAGACGCAAUCUGCAUUAACCAGCAGGACAACGUGGAAAAGGGGCCGCAAGUUGCCAAGAUGGGCGACAUUUAUUCCAAGGCGAGCCGAGUGGUCGUCUGGCUUGGGCCGGCGCAAGACGACAGUCACGCCGCCGUAGAGGUCAUGAGGCAUCUGGGGUCUCAGAUCGAAGUGAACUGGCACGACGAUGCCAUGAAAAGCGCACCCGGGGCGUCAGACCUGACGUUGAGUGACCGCAGCGUGAUUCUCCCGGUCAGGGGGGAGCUAUGGCGUCCAAUCUUCGACUUGCUGUCCCGGCCAUGGUUCGAUCGCCUCUGGGUCCGACAGGAGAUAUACCUCGCUACAGACGUGGUCCAGACGGCCGACCUGAUUCCCAAUUGGACCGAGUGCCGUGGGGUCCCGGUCACAGAGGCUAUCCAGGUAUACCGGCGAAUCCUCCCGACCAUGCAGCCCGACGAGGCAUAUCCCCACGGCGGCAGCCUGGUCCGAGCCUACGCGCACUCAUUGGUCAAUGGAAGUAUUGCUGAACGUCGCAGCAACAAGAGUGGCGGAUGGCCGCUUUCGAAAGCCAUAUCAGGCCUCGUUGAGAAGCUGGUAAUGGGACAUCCAUUCUCCCCCGGUGAGCUGGACCCCGGGACACCUUUCGCUAGUGGCUUGAAUGCACUCGCCAACUUCACGGACAGGCGACUGUUCAAGGGCAACGAAGGCCACAUAGGAAUGGCGCCGCCGCCGGUGCGAGCGGGAGACGAGGUCUGGGCGAUCGUGGGAUGUAGCGUGCCAAUGCUGCUCAGAAGGGUUGACAAGGAUAGGUUCCUUGUAGUAUCGGAAUGUUACGUAGAGGGGCUCGCGGAUGGUGAGGGACUCCUGGGGCCACUUCCACAGGGUAUCCGAGGGGUCUGGGCGCCUAACGAGAGAGGGCAAUGGAUGAGAGGACUCGAGGACGUCAGAACCGGAGAGACCUUCUUCAGGGACCCGCGCAUGGAAUCCUUAGGCCUCUUCCAAAAUACGUCUGAGGAGGAGAUCAGAAAUCCGCAAAACUCAUUCACAUAUGAGCCCGAGAAGCUGAUGCAGCUCAUUCCUGGGAUGCAACGGAUCGAUCUUGUGUAA